UUUGGUCGCUUAUUGGUCUCCGAAACAAGCAUAUAUAGUUGAUAAUUCGCAUCAGGUAAAGGUGCACAAAUUGCACAAAUGACACACAUGAUGGGUCCUACGGAAUGCGCCAGUGCCAUGGUGUCCACAAUGCCGUUCCUGGACAAUGGUCUAAAUGGAAAUCUGGCGGAUUAUGGCUGUUAUGCAAAUGACUAUUGGACAUCACCCUAUACGACCGGCGGACUUAGUCCCAUGAAACAAAUUGAAGCUUGCAUACAAACGGCUGGCAAGGAUCGAGCCUCUUACAAGCCACUUGAACAGAUCGACGCCAAGCUGGCGGACAUUGAUGCACAGAGCACAGGUAGCAAUACGAGCAGCACGAGCAGCAGUCAAUCCAGCAGCGCCGGCAACUGUCAGGAGCAGACGACGUCCGUCGUUCCUGAUUACCCUGGCAGCAGCAGCAGCAACAGCAACAACAACAACAACGAAGCGUUAAAGGGCACAACAGCAAUAACCACAGCAACGGGACCGGGAGCGGGAGCGGGAGCAGCAAUAGAAAGAAAGAAAUAUAAAAACAGCCAUAAAAAAGACAACAGCAACAUCACAACAAACAGCUCCUCAAACAGUAGCAACAACAACAAAAACAACAACAACAACAAAGGUGAACCGGAGCCAGUGCAUCCAACUCUAGCGCAGGCCAUUGUCGUAUUGGAAACGAAAGCGCUGUGGGAUCAGUUCCAUGCACAGGGCACCGAGAUGAUAAUUACGAAAACUGGUCGUCGCAUGUUUCCCACGUUUCAGGUGCGCAUCGGUGGCCUCGAUCCGCAUGCCACCUACAUAUGCAUGAUGGACUUUGUGCCAAUGGAUGAUAAGCGUUAUCGCUACGCGUUUCACAACUCCUGCUGGGUGGUGGCGGGUAAGGCGGACGCCAUAUCACCACCGCGGAUACAUGUGCAUCCGGACUCGCCAGCGGCCGGGGCCAAUUGGAUGAAGCAAAUAGUGUCCUUCGACAAGCUGAAGCUGACCAACAAUCAGCUGGAUGAGAAUGGCCAUAUCAUACUGAACUCCAUGCAUCGCUACCAGCCGCGCUUCCACUUGGUCUACUUGCCGCCAAAGAAUGCCUCGCUGGAUGAAAAUGAGCAUUCGAGUAACUUUCGCACGUUCAUAUUCCCGGAGACGAGUUUUACGGCCGUAACAGCAUACCAGAACCAGCGAGUGACACAACUAAAAAUAUCGAGCAAUCCGUUUGCCAAAGGAUUCCGAGAUGAUGGCACCAACGAUGUCACCAGUGGCAGCCUGGGCAUGUCCAGCAUGAGCCAUGAGAGUCAGGCACGCAUGAAACAGCAGCAGCAGCAGCAGCAGCAGCAACAACAGCAGCAGCAGCAACAGCAACAUCAACAGCAGCAACAGCAGCAGCAACUGCAGCAGCAGCAGCAGCAUUUAAAAUCAAAGGACAGAACGCUGAACAACAGCUUCAGCUUGUCCUGCACAGAGCUUCAGUGGCAACAACAGCAGCAGCGGCAGCAAUCUCAAUUGGCCAUGCAGCUGCCAGCCACGCCGUCGAGCAGCUCAACGUCGGGCAACUCGCCCGAUUUGUUGGCCUUUCAGCUAGAAGCGACGCCACUGCAACAGCAACAACAGCAGCAACAACAACAGCAGCAACUGCACCAGCAACAAUUGCAGCAGCAACAACCAGCUGCACAGCAAAUGCACCAGCAACAUCAUCAUCAGCAGCAGCAGCAGCCGCAACAGUCGCAACAGCCACAACAGCAGCAGCAGAGUCUUCACCAAAUAACCAACAACUAUGGAGCCAGCUAUCAUCAUCCUUAUCAGCAUCAUCAUCAGCACACAUCAACGCCACUGACACCACUCUCGGCCAGCUCAGCGUCACCACCAGCAGCGGGUGGUGGUGUUGGUGGUGCUGCCGCCGUUGCUGCCACCCAGGUAAUGGCAGCGGCAAAUAUCUACUCAAACAUUGGUCAGCCCUAUGCGGGGGAGCAGAGCAACUUUGGUGCGAUCUAUCAUCACAAUGCGGCACACUAUCACCAUGGCCAUGGAUAUGGCAGUCCCUACGACAAGCUCAAGGUAUCCACGGGUCACAUGCGACAGGCGGCGGCAGCUGCCGCAUACGGCAUGGGCAGCUAUCAGAGCUUUUAUGGCACAGCAGCGGCAGCACAUCAAAUGAUGCGACCCAACAGCUACAUCGAUUUGGGACCGCGCUGAUUGGCAGCGGGUCGCCACAUAAAGUAUUAUACACAUGUAGUUAGCUAGCUAGCGGCCUGAACUCAAGUAUUACAAGUAUUUUGAACUAUACCAAAAUUCAAUUGAAUUACAUUUUUUUUAUUUUUUUUUUGUAACUUUUAAGCGACAGUUUUGUGUCUAGUUAACAAUUAUGCCAAAAAAAAAAAAUGUAUCUUUUCUGUACACAAAUUGUAGUUUGUAACUAAAAUAUGUUCUUUUUUUUAACAAGU